AUGGCGUCUGUGCUCCCCAAGAAGAGAGGUGCCCAGACCCAGAACAGAGCACCCACGGCCCUCCAUGAUCUCUCCAAUAAAGGACGAGUCAUCUCCAGAUCAGCAUCAUCAACUAUACGAAAACCUUCGACCAAUCGUCAUGUUAGCCGAGGUGACAUGUUUGUGGAUGAUGCGAACACGUCACUUGGUGAGGAUGCCAUCCAUUUCCACGAGAACAGGCUGACUAUCAUGUCCAAUUUCGAGGAGUGGAUCAAACUCUCAACGGACAACAAGAUCACAUCGAAGAAUUCCUGGCAGUUUGCGUUGAUCGAUUAUUUCCACGACUUGAAUGUCAUCAAGGAUGGUGAUAACAUCAACUUCCAGAGAGCAUCUGCCACAUUGGAUGGCUGUGUAAAGAUUUACCUGAGUCGAGUGGAGUCUGUAGCAUCAGAGACAGGAAAGUUGUUAAGUGGAUUGGCCACGAAAAAGGGCCAGAAAGAACUCGAGGAAGAUGAAAGCGACAGAGAGGACGGCGAUGAUGAUGUUGCGGCCGAGAAUUCUGGGAAGAAAGAACGUAGAAUCAACAGGGUGGUGGAGUCUACCUUGGUUCCAUUCGACCAACUCAAGAUCAAGAAGUUGGACCAGGAGUUGGCUAUCGACCCGCUCUUUAAGAAAGCUUUGGCGGAUUUCGACGAAGGAGGAGCUAAGAGCCUCUUGUUGAACACACUCAACAUCGACACUUCGGGUCGAGUCGUGUUUGAUGCUACAACUAAUUCCAUCAAGGAAGAUGAGGACAAUGAAGAAGAAGAUCCUGACAGUAUGCAUGUUGAUACUGGUUAUGUGAAUAUGUCCAAACUACGUGGCAUGCUAGGGUCAGAUUUGUCGGAAUUUGAUCUGUUGGCUCUUUGUCCGUCUAUCUCUGAAUUGAAACUAGUAUUGAAUGAUGUGGGCAAUGCCAAGUCAGUGUUGAGCGAUGUUAAUAGCAGAUUCAAUGCCGAGGAGGAGAGCGAAGCUGUGACACCCUUUGCUCAAGAAGAACCCCUAAACUUUCCUGAUUACGAUAUGGACAUGGAUUUCGACGACAAGAACAACAACGUGGCCAAUGAGGAGGAAGUAAACAUCGUUAAUAUCGAUGAAAACAUGCAAAACCUCGAAAACGACAACCACGACACACCCACUCACGUGGUGACUACAGGGAAAGUGCUAGACCAGGAUUUGAUGGCAUACUUCGACGAGAAGAUGAAAACUAACUGGCGAGGGCCAGAGCACUGGAGAGUUUCAGCGCUUAAGCAUGCCAAAAAGUUGGAUAAGCCAGUUGCAAAGUCAGGAACGCCGCAGCCUGAGACAGUCAAGAGGAAACGAAAAGAGCACAUCGUGGUCAACUUUUUCGAAGAGGACGAUGAUGACCUUCUAGAGGACCUUUUCCAGAAACACAAGAAUCAAUUUCAAAUUUCUAAGAGACCCGAGGAGCGUAAGAGCGAAGACUGCCACAUCUUGCCAGAUGAUAUAAAGUUCAACUCACAGCGGUUGGUGAAUUUAUUCAUUAAGCCGACCAAGUCAAUAGUCACCUUCUCGUCACGCAUGAAGCCUGUCUUGGUAACCGACGAAGAUGAAGACCAGGCUCGAAUCUACACAGAUGAGAACUUCUUUGCUGGUAAGUAUUUGGAAAGAGAAAAGGAGCGUGAGGAGGAAAGACAGGAAAAACUUGCAGCAUCUUUCCACCAAGCCGAGAUGGAGGAUUACGAUAACUACGAUGGAAUUGACUUUAAUGACGUAUUGGGUGGCGUUGAUGAUGCUGUGGAUGGCAUAGAAGAUAUCAAGGAAGAGACUGGCAGCCAGUUUGUAACCGGCGGACGGAAAGCACGACCCGAAUAUGUGAAUUUUUCGAAGGUUGCUAAACGAGUCGAUGUUAAGUUGCUCAAGGAUAACCUCUGGAAAUCAAUCAAGCAUGAGACCAGAGAGAAGACACCAGGUGAAGAGAAAGAAGAGACCAAAACUUUCAAGAAUGUGGUGGAUGUUAUUGGCGAGAUGUACCGCCCGGAUGAGAAGAAGGACUUAUCGACGAGUUUCUGCUUUAUUUGUCUUUUACAUUUGGCAAAUGAGCAUGGUCUUUCGAUCGAGUCCACGGCCAUGCACGACGAUUUAGUGAUUAAAGGAUUUUAG